UAGAUCCGGUUGCCUAGCACCUCUGCUCAUCUGUACUCUGCCUCCACCCCCCUUCUAUUAAUGUUACACAGACAUGUACACAUGCAUACUGUACAAGCCUGCAGGCAAGAGAGGAGAGUAAAAGUUACUGGACAGAGAGAAAGCGAAGACGCUUAGUUUCGACGUAGCUGCCGAUUUGAUCCAGCCUUGUAUUUGGUAUUGACCUCUGAGCCUGCUGACGUGUGCCGUCCAAGCAUGUCUUCAGAGUUGGAGCUGCCCUUCCGGCCGGACUCCCAGCUGACGGAGGUGAUGCGGCUGCGGGUUCAGUCCCUGCAGCAGCGAGGCCAGAAGAGGCAGGACGGUGAGCGCCUGCUGUGGUCCAACGAGGCCGUGUACCGGCUGGACUUCUCCAAACAGUCCCUCCGAUUCUCACACUGGGUGGUGCAGCUGGCGCAGCCAGGACGCCUCACCGUCACGGCCACAUCGCAGCUCUGGACGCCUGACCUCACCAACCUGAUGACGCGGCAGCUGCUGGAGCCUGCUGGGGUUUUCUGGAGGGCGCCGGGCGAUGCCGCCGAUGCACCCAUCCAGUGCUACGAGGCUGACGCGCACGAGUUCGGCGAGAGGAUUGCAGAGCUGGCUAAGGUAAGGAAGGUGAUGUACUUCCUGUUUGCAUUUGCAGAAGGCUGCAGCCCCGAGACAGUCGACUGCUCCAUCUCCUUCACAGUCGACAGUUGA